AUGGCAAACGACGAGUAUGAUUUUCUGUUCAAAGUGGUCCUCAUCGGAGACUCUGGCGUCGGAAAAUCGAACCUUCUUUCCCGAUUCACCCGCAACGAGUUCAACCUCGACAGUAAAUCCACCAUCGGCGUGGAAUUCGCAACCCGAUCCAUCCAAGUCGACGCCAAGACCAUCAAGGCUCAGAUUUGGGACACAGCUGGACAGGAACGCUACCGCGCCAUCACAUCAGCAUACUACCGAGGAGCUGUUGGAGCACUGCUCGUGUACGAUAUCAGCAAGCAUCAGACCUAUGAAAAUGUGCAGCGGUGGUUGAAAGAGCUAAGGGAUCAUGCGGAUGCGAAUAUCGUCAUAAUGUUGGUCGGGAAUAAGAGCGAUUUGAGGCACUUGAGGGCGGUCCCUACGGAAGAGGCGAAACAGUUUGCCAGCGACAACAACCUAUCAUUCAUUGAGACUUCGGCGCUAGACGCAAGUAACGUCGAGCUUGCCUUUCAAAACAUCCUCACAGAAAUAUACCGUAUUGUCUCGAGCAAAGCCCUUGAUAAUGGCGACUCAGCCCAGAACCCAAUAGGCGAGCGUAAAGUCCUUGAGAUCAGCAAGUCAUCGGAUCCAGAGACGAAGUCGGGAAAGUGUUGUUAG